UAACACUCUUUCAUAGCGUCUUAAAAAGUUGUACUGAAUGUAUUAAAAGUAGAAAAAUAAAAUUUAAAGCGCCAUAUAAAUUUCCGCAUUAAAAGCACCUCCAGUCAAAGUACUAUUCCUUGUUGUCCUCUGCUAAUUGCAUAACGUAAAUUGUGGUUAAUUUUUGCGGACGCAAAGAAAAGCAGACGCCGUACAUGUGUUCUUAAUUGCAAUAAAAGAAGGAAAACAACAGUUACUUGUCACUUUUGACGCAUCACACAGCGCUAAACAAAGAUCGGCCAUGAGCUCAACUGAGGAAAACAGUCCGGCAACCACGCCACAGGAAGGCGAACCAGUUGGUGAACAGACAAAUCCUAGAGAUUUGGAGAAGAUUGAGGAGGAGAAGCUCAAGUCCAAAUAUUCAUCAGGCAUGCGAGUGCCUGGAGGUCAUUCAGCAUUUCUUCAAAAGCGAUUGCAAAAGGGACAAAAAUUCUUUGAUUCUGGCGAUUAUCAAAUGGCUAAACAAAAGGGCGGUGGUGUGAAGCAGGUGUUUGCUAAUAAGGUGACCACCGGUGAUGCCAUACCAACUCCAGAAACGGUGCCAGCUCGCAAAACAUCAAUUAUACAACCAUGCAACAAGUUCUCGACAGCGAGUUAAACUUAAACUAUCAAAAUGUAUUAACAAUUGGCCCCCCGACGCCUUUCCAAAUGCUCUUUACCUAAUAUAGUCUAUUGCUAGGUCGGCUGAUCUGUGUGCACUAUGCUGUUGCGCUGGCGCUCAUUUUGCCGAAUUGUUAACAAGUCAUACAAGUCUUUUCUUUCUUUCAAAAUAUUUGGAUUUUAUUUAUUCCCAUUUAUAAAGCUGUUUACCUAAAGAAAACAAAAAUUACAAAUUAACUUAAAAUAUAUUCCCGUAUAAUGCCCCUAUAUAAAUCUGCGCCGAUUAUACCUAGCUUAUGGCAGUCAAUCUCAAGAACGUUUAAUGUAUCAUAGCACACUUGAAUCAGCACAUCACUAUUCAAAAAGUUCUAUUUAACCCUGAUUGUAUGUAGUAUGUAAGUUAUUGAAAUCGUAAUAAAAUUAAGCUGAAACCAGUUCUAAUAACAUUUU